AUGUCACUUUAUAUUUUUAGGGCUUGCUCUGCUCUCUCCAAUGCAUUUGAGGUAUUGAAAGAUGAUCUAUCAAUAAAUCCUCUUGAAUUAACUUUUGAAGGCAUAGAUCAUUUUAACAAUAAGGUAAUAUUCAUAAAAAUUGCUGAUGAUGCAUUAGAGAGAUUGACAUAUGUUACAGAAGAAGUUAUAAAAUCAUUUGAAUCCUGUGAUAUUGAUAUUACUGAUAAGAAAAAAUUUGCUCCCCAUCUAACAAUUUUAAAAUUAUCAAAGGACUCUAGAUUAUGGAAAAAGGGUAUCAAAAAAGUUGAAUGUUGUUUAUAUGAUGAAUUCAAGGAUGAACAGUUUGGAACAGAAAUAGUUAAAGGUUUACAGCUAUUAGAAAUGAAGCGCAAAGAUGACACUGGAUAUUAUCAUUGCUGUAAAGAAUUUUUAUUUGAAAAUUCAAAAUAUUCAAAAAACGAAUGUUCAGAAGAAUCCGAAGCAAAAAUAGGAGAGAGUCCAAAGGUUGUUCUUCGAAAGGAGAAAGAAAACGUGCGAAAGAAAAUUUCGUCUUUAACCGAAACACAACUAAAAAGAUUAUGACAGAAGCAAUAAUCAAUGAAAAUUAGUAAUUUUAUACACAUGCACCUUGUAUUUUUCUAUGUACAAAAUACUUGUAUUAUAGAAUAUCCACGUUGCACAAAAUCACAAUUAGUAAAAUUGGAUUGCAAGAACAGAAAACUCACACCUUUGUACAUUAAAUAAAGUUUAUUUUCAUUCUGAUUCUUUCUCUGCAUACAUAUCUUUGGUUAUAUCUGGAGAGACACUGUGCUUCAACAUCUUGUUGUCAUCAAAACAAUCAGUUUUGUUACUUUACAUAUACUUAAGAAUAAAAUAAAUGCAGAAAGUAAGCCAUGCGAUAUUUGUUACCUUAUAAAAACAGAUAUCAGUUUGAAUUUUUCUGCUUUUAUUUCUGGAAAACAAAGUGUGGAGACAAACUAUAGAUACUUUCAAUAGAAAUGAUCAAAAUUACAAUUAAGAAAUGUAAUGAUUUUAUAUCUUCUAUUCCUCCUUUUGGAACAGCAUCGAAUGUAUUCAUGCAAAUGAAAUCAUAUUGUCAUCUGUAUAAUUUACAAUCAAUAUAUCAAUUCAAGAUUAUCAAUUAUUUGUUCUUGCAUUUUAACAUUUUACAUUCUCUUAUAUUUAACAUUUUAAAAUCAUUAAAUAGAAGAUUCAUUGAAUUACCUUAACAAAAAACAAUGGGGCAUGUGCCUUGGUACCUCCCAAUUGCCUUAGCAACACCCAUAUAUACUUAGAUAUACAGUAAAUAAUUCUUAUCCCAUUGACAUAUUUUAACUGUUUAGAAAUUGUUCAUUUGUACAAUUUGUGACACACAACAAAGUAAUUAUAUGUCAGAUUUCUUAUACUGGAUGGUUUAAGUAGGUUUAAGUUACAUGGGUAACCAGUGAAUGGGUGCAUGAGUUUGCUAUUUCAGCCAGUUCUUUUUCCCCUUAUGCCUACGUGUCCCAGACUUAACAAAAUCUCACUUGGUAGUAUCAUAAAAAGCUGGUAUAAUAGCUGCGGGACCUUCUGCACGAGAC